AUGGACGGAUUGAUGAUUGACGAAACUGUGAGACAUGGCUUGCAACAACAACAAAAACAAAGCGGAAAAGAAAUGUUGGCGAAAACACCAAGAAAAGGAUUGGGUUUGAUGAUUAAUGAGACGAAGACGGUUAGUUUUACACAUUUUCAAGGGAAUGAAUGUUUUCUGGCAGAUUUCCUCCUGUUAUUAUAUUUUAUUUUUAAAAAUUCAAUCACAAUUUCCAGCCAAAUUCCCGUGCAAUUCCAUCCUCAGCCACCCGAAAAACCAGCAGAGCUCCGACUUUCGAAGUUUUCGAAGAUACCGAAGAAGUCGCAAUCCAAGAAGAAAAAUCAGCCGAAAGAUUGUGUAGCUCUCCAAUUGAAGGAGUUUCUCGACUUCCUUCAAGGCCACAAUCACCACUUUUUGGACUUGAAGAAGGUCUGGCAGAAGAAGGCGAUGUGAUUUUGGUGGAUGAAAAUGAGGAUGAUGUUGGAGCAUUGGGAGAUUACAACAAUAUUUCAAUUGAUAUCGAAGUGGUUGAAUUGGGAAUUGAAAAAUGGGAAAAAUAUCCGCCAAUUGAUACAGUCAGUUUGAUGGAUGAUGGUUUGGAGGAUUUCAGAAAAGAUUAUGUGGUAAGCAAUAACACGUGGUAAUUUGAAAAUACCGAUUUUUCGCACAUAUCGCCCUCUCAUUAAAAUCCCGUAAGGUGAAAUUUAUUUAGAAAUGUUCAUUUCUCCCGGUCACGUGAAAUUCUGAUAAAUAUAUAUUUAUCAAAAAUGCUUCAUUUCUUACCUACACGUGUGGUGUAGGCGGGGCUAGGCUGGCAAAAAAUUACCCGAAUACACUCAUUUCAGAAAUGCUCAAAAAUGGCUUACCCAUUUACACUACACGUUUUUAGAAAUGAUGCCCGUUUACACUAUUUUUAUUUAUAAGGCUACACUUUUACUUUUACACCUUUACACUUUUACCCUAUUUUUCUGAAAAAGAGUUGUUGAAAGUGCCGAAAUAGACUGAAAAAUAGUGAAAAAACAGUCAUUAUUUGAGAAUUAGCAGAGCCAAAGCAUAACAUCACAGAGAAAUUGAUAAUUCAAUGUUUUUUGUUCUGUUCCAGUCUGAAAAUCAGAGUUAUACUAACCCAAAUGCCAAGAAAUGUGACUUCUUCAUUUUCUAAACAGGUUUUUAUAUUCCUUUUUCAUUUUCUGAAACUAUUUAUUAUUCGAAAAAAAACCUUUUUCUUACUUUAAAAUCCUUUAUUUUCGAACAGAACUCUUUUAUUCACUUUGGGAAACCAUUGGUCUGUUUCGACAUUGAGUUUUUGUCAUUUAUUUUCUUUUUUCCAAGCCGGAGCAAAAAUAGUGUAUUCGUGUAUUAUUGUAAAAAUGUAUGUAGUGUAAAAGUGUAAGUGUAUUCGGGCAUUUCUGCAAACGUGUAAAAAUAAAAUUAGUGUAUAGAAAUACCCGAAUGCCUCAUUUUUGUCAGCCUAAGGCGGGGAGAACGAUGCCUUCCAAUCAGGCAACCCUCCUUCUUUUGUGGGUUCGAGCCCCACUCGGAAAAAAUUUUUCCCUAUAUCGAGUAAUGCAGAUUUUCGGAAAUUUUGUUCCUUUCUCCCCAAAAUUGCGAAAAUUCGACAUUCCAACGCGGCAAAAAAGAAAAAAGAAGAUGGAGAAGAAAAAGCUUAAUAAAAAGAGAAAAUCGAGAAAAUAUCAUGCGUGACCCAUGAGCGAAAAAGCCUGAUUCUUCAGAUGCUAUUGGCAUUGUUCAAGAAUUCCAAAUUCCUAACGGGCCAAGAAUGUUAUUCGAGUCUUCAAUACGAAAAAAAGGUUAAAUAAGUUUUUUUUUUCGAAAAAUUGAUCGAUGACUUCAUCAUCCAAAUUAUAGCAUGAUCCAUGUUUUUGGAAAUAAUGAAGAUUUUCUACUCGAAUCAUUUGAUAUAAUACUUCGAGAAUAUGUGGAUAUUCCACAAAUCACGGCGAGACUCAAAAUCGAUCAAUGUCUGAGCGUUGAGAACAUCAAGAUCUUCCCAAAUCAAAGUUUUGUCACUAAGAAUAUACCAAGUGAUAUUUGGGCACAUUGCCAGAAUUCAAGAAGAACAAUUUAUCGAUUAGAGUUGGUUGAUAAACAAGAGAAUGAGUUUUUGAUUUUCGAACAUAAUAUUGAAGUUCAUGAGGAUAGCAAUUUCAAGUUAUAUUAUUUGGAUAAUCGGGAUAUUCCUAUAAUGAGGUAGGAUUAUUCAAAUUUUUGUGAGUUAUUAAAAAAAAGUUUCCAGCAAGAAAAAAUGGAUGUACAUGGCUGCAUUUAACACAACCGGUUUAUAUUUUGAUUUCGAUGAUCAUCAUUCGAUUUACACAAGAUUUAUCAAAAUUCAUCGAGUGAAAAUGGAACAGAAUUGUCCGUAUGUAUUCUAUGAAAAGGAUAUUGAUAGUCGUAUAGAAGAUCAACGAGGUAUUAGAAUUGCAUCAUUUUGUAAAAAUGUGUUUAUACAUUUUAAACUUAUCAACAAUCAUAGCAAAUACAUACAGUACUAUUUCGCAGUAAUAUAUCCUCAUUCAAAAGAUGUACUAGAAAUGGGAAAUGGAAAAAAGUCUACAAAGUUUUUAUUUACAAAAGGAAUAUCAGGAGUCGCAGAAACUUCUGAACUUGAUCUAGCGUAUAUUCGAUUGAAUGACACUGGGGAAUUGAAACAAAACACAUUUCUAAGAUUUGAUUGGAAGUUUGUGCUGAAUUGUGGAUGUGAAAAGCAGCAUUUGUUUAUUGAAAAUAAUUCAUCUUUGAACUUUUUGAGCUUGAAUUAUCCAGAAGUUUAUUGCAAAAAUAUGAACUGUCAAUAUCAUUUUAGCACUAAUGAAAAUUCUAUUCUCGAAGUUUAUAUCAAUGAUGUCCGACUUGACGACAUUGGAGAUCAUUUAUCAAUUUACGAUGGUAACUACAUUGAUUUCAAUUAUCUUCUAGCAUAUAUAGUUGGAAAUAACUCAAAAUCCUCAAGAUCUUUCAAAGCAUCAAGAAAUCUUACACUUCUCUUCGAAUCGAACAACAUUCUGACCAAGUUCGAAAAAAGGUUUCAAUAUUACCAUACAAUCCAAAAUUGAACCAAGAAAGGUUGAACAAAUUGCAGAACAAAUUAUACAAUAUGAAGAACCCCAACUUCUCAUAAAUUUUUAGUGUUAUUGAUGAUAGUUUUGAUUGUUCUGAUAUUUGUUGGUGGAAUAAUUUUACUUGUGAAAAUGGGAAUGUUUGAUGAGAUUCCUUUUUUCAAAAAAUAAAAUUUUCGAGAUUUUAGUUUAUUAACAAACAAGCCUUAUUAUGUCAACUUAUGUGGAAUCCACUUUCUUGGAACAGUAACAUCCCAUCUAUUUCCUGGUCCUUUCUUCCAAAUUGCUUCACCGUACCACCAAUGACCCAAUCGGCAAGGACUACGACCGAUUUGAAUAAUCCCGGAGUUAGCAAAUGAGAUUAGGAAGAAUAAGAGUGACAAAACUUUCAUAAUACCAUUCAAUCCGGUCUUAUAAACUUCGCAUUAUUUUAUAGAACUUUUUAGUCUCACACUUUAUUACAUUAUUAUUUUUUAUUUGUGAUAACUUCAAUGGUCUUUGAACAAAAACUACGAUGAAACUUCGAGAACAAAGUAUUUGUUGAUUAAUAAUUUAAUAUAGCAACACGCAACAAAAAGUUUUGUUUAUAUCAAAAAAAAUAGAGCCGCCACAAAAAUAAACAAAUUUUCCAUCAUUAUCAAUAUACAGUUGUAAUGAAUCUAUUUUUCCUAAUUCUAGCAAGUUUUUUGCUAGAAACAGUUGGAGCUUGUCGAUCUGAUCCAAUAAUUGACAAUGGAAUGAAUUAUGAUUUGAAUAUUGAAGAAAAUUGCGAGAAUCAUUUUCCAAUUCAUCCGGAUAAAUCAAUAAACCUCAAACUUCCCUGCGAUUCUCAAUAUAGUUUAUGGAUGACAGUUGAGGAAACCAACGAUCGCAUUUUUCAUUCGAAUGCAACUCUAGAUUGUUCAAGAACCGAUGAGAGAUUUCUAACUUUUCAAGCACCACUCAAUGUUGGGUUGAUAGUUGUUACACAGAAAACCGUCACAAUCAAAGUUCUGAUAACAGAUCAGAAAAAUGUCUGCGCUUACCCAUAUAUUAAAUUGAGCUCAAAUGAAACUAGAGUGAUUCAAGAGGAUCUGACUUUUGAUAACUUGCAAGAAUGUGUUUAUCGAAUUAUUCCAGCUAAUGAUGAUUUCAAUUCAGUUAAUAUAACUUUCGGAUCUUUGGACAACCUCAACUAUGAGCAAAGAAUUGGGAAAGAUGUUAACAUUUAUAAUACAAGUAAAGUCUUCGAUUUGGUCGAUAGUUUUGAUAUUAAAAUCAAUCCCUAUGUAGAAAUUCCAGAAAUCAAAGUGCAAUUUAUAAAUAACGGUGAGAAACUUUGAACAUUUUUGAACAUCUGUUUAUUUUAGAGUGCACAAAAAUGCAUUACUUCCAAAUGGCCGAUAAUUUUUUGAAUAUUCCAUCAAUUCCAAAACCCAGUGAUGAUCAACCGUGUAGCGCUAUUGUUAAAUCAAUAAUAAAAAUCGACUUUGAAAAUUUGAAAGAUGAUGAAGUUAUUUUUAUGCAGCACAAUGUAGAGAAAGAUAAUUUGAAAAUUAUGGAUAGAGCAAACGACAAAGUUGUGAUGGAGUGAGUUAAAAAAUUAAUAAAAUGAGUGAUUUCCUUUCAAUUCAGCGAAACUCAUUGGCUGAAAAAUGCAGCACUUCAAAACAUUACAAAACUUCGGAUAACUGUGACCAACAAAUGGGAUUAUGUACUUAACUUUACACGAGUUCCAAUUCAACACGGAUGUGAAUGUCCAAGUUACGGAAAUCUAGUCAGCACAAAAAGCAGUGAAUUCGGAAUAAGCUUCAAUUCAUGCAAAAAUGUGUUUUGUCAUAUUAGAUUGGAAAACCCGAAAAAUGCCAUUCUCAAUGUUCACUUUUAUUAUUCACAAAUACCUUCAGGCCCCAGUUCUGAUAUUUUCGGUGUUGUUGAGAAGGGAAAAUAUCUUCCGUAAGUAAAAGAAAAAAUAUAGAACUACCAAUAAAAUAGAUUUUAUUGUUAAUCUUCGAAGUUGGAUGAGAACACAAAAAAAACAUUUAAUUUGGAUUUUCAGAUUAAACGGAGGUCCUCACGAUUUCUCGCUAAAUGAUGAUUAUUUUGAAAUGUCUUAUAUAAGAUUGAACAACACGAGUCAUGAUACAAUGUAUUCACAAUUUGAUUGGCAUUUUACAAGAAGUAAGAAUUUUAGGAAUAUUCUUCAAGAGAUUGUGAUUAAUUUCAGAUUUUGAAUGUUCUGAAGAUGAAACUCGAGAUGUUACACCAGGAAGUUCUAUUGAAAUAACUAGCAUUAACUUUCCAUAUCCAUAUCCACCUAAUCUAGAUUGUAAAACAUUGGUAAAAACCGAUCGAAAUUCUACUCUCGAGUUUAAUUUCAAACGUUUUUGUUCUGAUGAAUGGGGUGAUGUACUAGAAAUUUACAAUGGUGAUACGACGGAUUCAGAUAAGAUGAAAACAAGUUUGAAAGGAUGUAAGAAGCCCAACCAAACAAUUCAAACAUCUAGUCAGGCUUUGUUACUUUUCCAAUCGGAUAAUAUUACUAGUUCCGAAAUAACAGGAUACAAGAUUAUUGUGACAGCUAGUAAGUUCCAUAGUUCUUCUCAAGAAAGGGUACUUCUGGAAUAGUGAGACCUCAAAGGGAGAUUUUAUAAUAUAAAACCUCUAGAAUUUUACUAUUCUACACAUCACCUGGAUUAAUUGUCUUAUCCAACCUUUAAAUCUUUAGAACCCUUAUAUUCUACAACAUCUACUACAUCUGCCACCACAACAACAUCUUCUACAAAAAAUCCACCAUCUACUUCAAAAAAAUCAUCAUCUUCCAAUGAAAACCCCGAAUCUUCAAGCUCCCAUGUAUUUCUAUACAUUUUCGUGAUUUUCCUAAUUGCAGCCGGAGGCGCUGGUUAUUUUUAUCAAGAGAAAAUCAAGAAACUCUUACCUGGUUUCAAUUUUCCACUAAACACCGCUCCAACAACUGUGCAAAACGUUAACUUUUCUUAG